GCAAGUAGCACAAACCGAGCUCAUACAGAAUACAAUCCAGUCCCGUUCUGUGCACUUAAUGUCUCAGAAGUCGUUUUAAAUUUAAAGCCUCAAAAGCGUUUCUUCAUUUUACAUUGUCUAGCAAUUUAAGCCAAUGUCUUCCAGGGAAUAUCCCAAAGUAUGGGACAGUUUCGAGCGAAUAGUCGACGGUGGUACGAUGAAAUUUGUAGUGGAGGAUGUAUCUGAAGCUAUGUGGAGCACCGCAGUCGAAUUCAUGUUGGGAAAUUAUAUUAAGGAAGAUGUUUGGUGGAGUACGGCGGGUACGGCGAGGGACCCCGAUGCGGUGCAAGAGUACCGUGUGCUGCUGACAUCGAUCAUUAGGCAGAAGAUGUCGCUUGCCUGCUUUCUGGCUGACGGAGAUGGAUCGGGACAUACUUUGGUUGGUGCGAAUCUUUGCCUGCCUCAGGUCAAGGGAGAGUUUGUGGAUCAUAAUCCGCCAAAAACCGAAGCCGGCCUAUUAUCCCUACGCAUGUUCGCAGAGGCGAUGAAAGUGCCCGUAAUUUAUGAUAAAUACGGAGUUGGUGAAUACCUAAUGGGCGCCGGCCUCUCCGUAGCCCCGGAGUACAGGAGAUUGGGAAUCGCCACCAAAUUACUCACGGCUAGAAUCGCACUAUCGAAGAGCCUGGGAUUUCGAGCAACUGGCGGCAUCUUCACCAGUGAACACGGUCAACUAGCCGCUGAAAAGGCAAGCUACGAGUGUGUUUACACAGUUCCGUACAAAAAGUUUGGGAAACGCUGCAAAAUCGCCUUUAACAGUAGCACGCAAGACUUGAAGAUAUUUGCUAUCAAAACUGAAUAAAAUACUACUGGGAAUAGGAA